AUGGCUCCUGCAAUGGGAUCUUAUGAGGGCCAAGCAAAGCUUGAUGAUAUUCCCAUUCUGGAUCUCUCUCGUUGUGGAGAGGACAACUGUUUACAGACGUUGAGAGAAGCUUGUCAAGAACUGGGCUGCUUUCGAAUUGUAAACCAUGGAAUCUCACCAGAUCUUCUCCUCAAAGCAGACCAGGCAUGCCGGGAAGUUUUCAAGCUUUCCACAGAGACGAAGAUAAAAAACGUCUCUCCCGUUCCUUAUGCUGGUUAUAUAGGUGGAAUAGCUGGGGUUCCCUUUUAUGAAAGCCUGGGUAUCGCCCUCUCAAUCACUCGUGAUGCACAGGCCAUCAAAGACUUCACCCAUCUCAUGUGGCCUCAAGGAAAUCAAAACUUCUGCGAGACUAUAGAAGAAUACACCUGUGAGAUGAUGGAACUGUUGAAUAAAGUGCACCAAGUAAUUCUUGAGAGCUUUGGAGUGAGCAAGUACUAUGCUACUCACUUCGACCAUGGGAAGGGGAUCUUCCGUAUGAAUUUGUACGAUUUGUCUUCUGAGCUGUCCACUGAAUCGAAUGGUCUCCCAGCUCAUACGGAUGGGAAUAGUAUUACCAUACUACAUGAGGAUUCGUGUGGUGGGUUACAGGUUUGCAACAGGGAAGGCAAUUGGAUUGACGUGAAACCCAUCCCCAACUCGUUUGUGGCCAUGGCGGGCGAUACCUUUCAGGCUUGGAGUAAUGGAAGGAUUCGUACUCUCAAACAUCAAGUGAUGGUGAAAAGACAACAAUCUCGUUUAUCUUUGGGCAUUUUUAAUCUUUUCCCAGAUGAAAUGGAGAUAAAAGCACCAAUCGAGUUUGUUGAUGAUAAACACCCACAACGCUACAAGGCAUUUAAGUUUGGGGAUAUGGUUAAGUAUAGAAUGGUAGAGGGAAAAGCAAUACAAGAACCUCUACAACAAUUUGCUGGCAUUUAA